AUGCAGAUCGUCAUAGUUGGCGCGGCAUGUGCAGUCCUAUUUUUUGCAUAUCGGGCAUAUCAAACCUACCUCUCCAUUCAAAAUGAACAAUCUUUGAAAUCUUCAAAAACAUGCGGCACAGUUCUACCGGGACCAACACCUGCCCCAAUUAUUGGGAAUAUCCUCCAAAUUCCAAAAACCCACACAUGGAUUCACUUCAAACAAUGGGCAGACAUCUACGGACCAAUCUACAGGUUUCAGGUCGGCUCCAAGAAUAACAUUGUGGUUUCUACUGAGAAGAUUGCAAACGAUCUUCUCCGGGGACGAGGAAAUAUCUACUCGUCUAGAGAGUUCUUGUACUUUGCGACGGAGCUCCUCUCCAAGAACCUCCGACCACUUCUACUUCCAUACAAUGAUACCUGGAGGCGAGGACGCAAGCUUAUGCACACUCUCGGUAUGCCAAAGGUUGUAGACACCUUCCGUCCCGCCCAAUCCCUCGAAGCAAAAAAGCUCCUUCACGACAUGCUGGAAGACCCCGAGAGCUACGAGAACCACUUUGAGCGAUACGCAGCUGGCAUCAUUUUCCGCCUUGUAUUCGGAAAGGCAGUCGAGACUGGCCGUGAGCCCUACGUUCGUGAAAUCUACAAUAUCGUGCACACCGUCGAACGCGUCGCUGCCCCUGGUGCCUACCUCUGUGACUCCAUCCCAUUACUUCGAUACAUCCCCGAGUUCCUAUCACCCUUCAAGAGGGAGGCUAAAUGGCUACACAACCGUGAAAUUAAGAUGUUCCGCGAACUGCAGAACGAUAUCCGUGUUGGCAUCAAAAACGGAAGCGCACCAGAGUGUCUGACCAGAACCUUCCUCGAGAAUGAAGGAGAGUUUGGCAUGACCUCCGACGAAUCUGCUUAUGUCAUUGGUACCUUCUUUGAGGCUGGUAGUGGUACCACUGCUGGAGCUAUGCUUACCUUCUGCCUGGCGAUGUGCCUCCAUCCACAUGUGCAAACAAGAGGUCAGGCUGAAGUAGACGCUGUCUGCGGUGACCGGAUGCCCGACUUUGAGGAUUUGCCAAAUUUGCCCUAUGCACGAGCUGUAAUGAAGGAGAUUCUUAGAUGGCGCCCGGUUCUUGCUGGAGGUAUGCCGCACGAGUUGACCAAGGACGAUGAAUAUGAGGGUUACAAAUUCUCUAAGGGAACCGUUGUCCACGCUAACCUCUGGGCAAUCCACCGCAACCCCGAGCAGUAUCCCGACCCCGAGACCUUCAACCCAGACCGCUGGGUCAAUCCCGCCUACCCCACCUACAAGGAGCCUCUCAGCGUGUACCCCAACCUCCAGAACUUCUCCGCGUUUGGUUUCGGCCGUCGUAUCUGUCCUGGAAUGAACAUCGCCGAACGAUCUCUCUACUUAUUGACGAUCCGGCUGCUGUGGGGCUUCCAGAUGAACAAGAAGAGGGACGCGAGCGGUAACGAGAUUGACAUUCCCUACUACGACUAUGAUUCGGGAUUGAGCUCUAGGGCAAAGCCGUUCCAGUUUGAUUGUGUGGCGAGGAGCCCAAUGAGGGCGUCGGUUAUCCGGAAGAGCUGGGAUGAGGCAAAGGCUACUGAUCCGUUGAGGAGUCGAAACUAG